UCUUUGCUUUCAUUGUAAUAUUUCCUCAUUGAAUCCUCUAUGGCUCUCUCUCUUCAAUUCCUUUUGAUCCUUUUCACAACUUUGCUUCUCACAAAAGCUCUAACAGAGGCAGCAACAUGCAGCAACUGUUUCACCCAUUCACGAGCAGCUUACUACCCAAACUCUGAUGAACAUGGAACAGAUAUUGGUGCAUGCGGAUUUGGUUCUUUUGGAGCAACAAUAAAUGGUGGAGAUGUAUCAGCAGCAUCUAACCUCUACCGUAAUGGUGUUGGCUGCGGUGAUUGCUACCAGGUGAGGUGCACCAUCAGCAAAUAUUGCUCAGACAAGGGUGUGACAGUGGUUAUAACUGAUCAAGGGUCAAGUGACAACACUGACUUUAUCCUGAGCCAACGAGCCUUUGGUGGGAUGGCUCAGACCAAAGAUGCAGCUGCAUCUCUAUUAGCCCUUGGAGUUGUCGACAUUGAAUAUAGGCGUGUUUCGUGCAUCUACCCCAACAAAAAUAUUACUAUCAAGAUUGAUGAGAACAGCAACUACCCUUAUUAUUUGGCAUUUGUUCUAUGGUAUCAACAAGGUGACAAGGAUAUCACAGCUGUGCAGCUAUGUGAGACUCAAAACUUUGUCUGCAAGCUACUGGAUAGGAGUUAUGGAGCAGUAUGGACAACCACUUCACCUCCAAGUGGUCCAUUGUCUUUAAGGAUGUUACUGAGUGGAGACGAUGGAGAUGAAUCAUGGAUUGUCCCUAUUAAUAACAUACCAGAAAAUUGGAAAGGUGGAGACACAUAUGACACUGGAGUUCAAAUUAAUGUCUAGAAGCAUGAACCAGCAUCAUUCAUUUCUUUGUUUUAGCAAUAUAAGUGAAAGAAUAAUAAGUUCCUGGCUUUCUUCAAAUGUGUUCUUUCAUUAUGUUUAAUUGGUUAGUAUAUAUUUCAUUAUUUUGUAUCAAGGAAGGGAUGACAAACUUUAGUAAGAGAAAUUCUUGUUUAAUCUUUGGAAUAUUGACUAAUGAAAUUUUAUGUUUCUUAAUAAAAGAAUCAAAUUGCUCAAAGCAGUCAUCAUAGAAAACAGAACUACCCAUAUGGUCAAGGAAAAGACCUUGGCUUGUUCCUCUAAACAUGUUUUUCAAGUUUUACUGUUAUUUGUCCAUUUCCACUUUUAGCCAGUUUCCUGAUUUUGUCCACAAACAGUUUUUCUUUUUUUUUUUUAUUUAACUAUUCCACCUAAAGUUCAUAAUUUUCACAACAAACCAAAAUAACCUGUUUGUUCAGUAGGCAAAUCCUGCAGAAAUUAAAGACCUAAUAACAAAGAUGACCUGGUAUUCAACGUCAUAAUGCUUCUUCUUUUAUUUUCCAAUAGCAAAGGUAUGAAUAAUACAGUGCCUUAUCAUGAUGAUAUUCAGAAGUACCAAAAAAACAGCUCACAAUAGAUUGCUAAACAUCCCUCCCUGAAAAGCCUUAGUAAUGCCAAACUGCUAUCAUAAAAUCUGAGCAAACCAUAAGCACUAAGCUAAAAGUAUUAACUUCAAUAUUCAGGUCCAAUAGGAGGACGUGAGAAGGUAAUUUGUUAUUAAUUUGUUAUAUCCGACUAGAUAAAUCUAUUUGGGUCGACUUAGAUUGGGCAAAACCAAUGAACCCCUUGUCACUAAAAAAAAGAAAAGCCCAAGCAAAAAAAGCUGAAGGUUUAAAGUUAAAUGAAAAUGAAUUAUUUUAUAAUUGCAAAUAAUAGCAAAGUAAGAUGAAAAGAUUUGGUAAUUAUCUCCUUCUCCAACUAGAAUCUAAAAUAGCAUAGCAAAAGCUGAACCAACGUCAUAGAGAUUUAUAUCUCAGUAAUCUAUGAGCUAUAAAUUUUUUUUUUUUUAAAUGAAUGUUGA